UUAAUUAUUUUUCUUAAUCGCCUAACUUACUACUACCACCUAUCGGACGGGAGGUUAUGCGCGUCCAUUGUGUUGCUAGGAGAUAGAAUGUACUGUAGCACACUACAGUAACAACGUGUUUAAACAUGGAUGCUUUUGACUUUAAAAGUUACAACGGAUUACGUUUCGGACGUUAAUGUUUCAAAAAGAAGAAGGUGCUUCUCACUGGCUGAUAGCUUUCAGAAUGGCAGAGGAGCACAAAAGCAUGACUUUGUGCAGAAGACAAAAGGAGAGUUGUGAUAAAGAAAAGAGCUGCCAUGGAUGUUAUACUUUAGACAAAGACUUCCUGCUGCAACUUCAUGAGGUUGGUGAACCAUCUGAACUUUGCACUGUCAACAUCAGUGAGCAGAAGCUGUAUGCUGUCAAGCCAGAAGACCUCAAGACAUUUGACAACGUCGGCUACGUGGAUGCAUCAAUUAACUCCCUCUCUUUAGUUCAGACAAUUUCCACUCAAAAGUUAAUUAGUUCUGCUUUAAACAUGUCAACUGUGUUUUUCCAAAGGCUCUUUUGGCAGUUUUGUUUCUUUAAAAGAACUCAAUCUGGCUGUGAACGGCCUUUGCAAUGUCGCCUUUGAUGCAAUAGACUUUCCUCAUCUUCAGGUUUUGGAUUUGUCCUAUAACUAUUUGUCAGCUGAUGAUGUUGUCUCCUUCAGCCGCCUUCCUCUACUGAAAGUUCUUUAUCUGACCGGAAAUUAGCUUUGUUUGUUUCCGCCUCAUCUUGGAACACAGUAUCAAGACCCUCUCUCAACUUUGCACACUGAAGAUCCUUUUAACGCCCUGGAGGUCCUGAUGCUCGAUGAUAACAAAUUGUCCUCGGAGGUCUUUGGCAGCCUCUCAGCCCUCAAGAGACUGAAGCACUUAAACCUACAAGGUAACCGCAUCACAAAAAUACCAUAUUUGAAUGUGAUGACCGGCUGCUCCAGACCCGUGCAGACCCCCCUUGAAAAAGAAGGACGUGCCCUAGAUGAGCAGAGGAGUUUUAGCACCAUGUCACAGGAGAGUGACUUCCUCAGAGCGUUACUGUCACCUCUACCAGAGCUCCAGUUCUUUGAUUUAUCUCACAACAAGAUUGCAGAGGAGGAGGCGCUGCUGCCUGCAUCCAUUUUCUCAAAGCUUCGAGAAAUCGACAUUCGCUCCAACACUUUGACCACAAAGAAAAGCGGAAACCUCCCACUGCUGACAUAUUACUUACAGGAGAAGAUGGGAAUAACAGUGACAUGUAAAGAUGUCAAGCAUGGACUCCAGAUGCCUGCUUCUACUCACCAAAAUGUUUUUGAUGGGUUUGUGGUGGCGGAGGUGUUACACAAGCCUUUGUUGCUGCAGCAGUGUCGUCCUGCUGGAAUCCAGUUUGAGGAAGGGAAGAUGGCAGUGUGGUUAAAGGGCAACUUCAACACAGAUGAACAUGUCUUUGUCACAAAGGCAAACAACUUCCCUGAAGACGACCAAACGUCCAUGAAACUCAAAGACAAGGGCGCGCCUGAAGGGUUCUCUCCCAGCAGAAAGAAGAAGAUGGACGCAAAAUCAGAUCCUGAUGUGGUGCGGCCCGUCGGAAUCCAAACAGCUCUUCAAAUGCUGGAGUGCACACUGAAAAAUCUUAAUAUUUACAGACUCUCCAAACCAAAACUCGAUAGCAUCCAGACGCCGUACAGACCAAGACUCAAACGGGUUUGGACAGACGAGAAUAUUAAGGAACCACCACCUUUGAGACCAAAACAGAGUGAACUACUUGAUGAGAUAAUCAAGGACUUAAGGUGCCGUAAUACUGGAACUGGUUUGAGGAAGAGAGAACACAAGGAGGCACUCAAGCUGCUGAGGGAUUUGGAGACACAACACAAGCUCCUGCACAGGAAAGCAAUGUAACAAGGAAGGAGCCAAGAGUGAAUAGGUAAAGUGCUGCUGAAUAUGUAUGAUCAUCUGGAAAUAUCAUUAAUAUUAGGCAUUAUUUUUUCUUUAAACCAGUGGUUAAAUGGUUUAUGAAAUGAUUCAAAUAAUAGGUGACUACUGUAAAUCGAAAAAGUCCAAGUUGUUUAGCAGUAACUUAAACUGAUGAUGUCACUAUGACAUCACCACAGAUCCUCAGACAGUUUACGCGGUCCAUAAACUGACCUGGAUUUUCCUGCCGGUGAUUAUCAGUGACAAAUUGCAAAUGCACCACACAGUUCCAUCUGGUCCACAGCACUCUGAACUUUGUGAUCCCGCGACGUGAAAAUGAUCUACUAAUAUAAGCAAAGCUCGAAAAGACAAAUUGCACAAUCUGCAUAUCUUUUAUUAAGUCCACAUGGCCUCUGGAAGUCUUUCCAGAUGAUUCACAAUUACUGAAGCUAAACCAAAUGUUGGGAUUGGUGCAAUAUUUUGUGUUUGUGUAAUGUUGAAUUGAGUAUAUUGAUGACUACACAAAAAUAAAGGCCAAUAAAAAUAGUUCUAACAGUGGUUAAUAAAUCAGAGAAUUUCAUUGAAAUUCUUAAAUGUGAGCAUUAAUGUGAACUUGUCAACACUGGAUAGAUAAAUGGGCUCAGGUGUUAUUCACCCUGUGAGAGAAAUUAUAUAUAUAAUAAAUAAAUAUAUUUUAUUAAUCCCACGAGGGAAU